AAUCCCUGUUUAGGCUAAUAACCUUCCAAAAGCUAUUGCAGCAGCUCACACGUUUCUUCUGAAGCAUCCAGAUGACGAAAUGAUGCAAAGAAACAUGGCCUACUAUAAGACUAUGCCUGAUGCUGAGGAGCAUAUUAAAGACUUGGAAACAAAACCUUAUGAGAAUCUCUUUGUCAGGGCCGUGAGAGCAUACAACGGUGACAACUGGAGAACGUCCAUCUCGGACAUGGAACUGGCUCUUCCUGAUUACUUCAAAGCCUACGAUGACUGUACGGCAGCCUGUGAAGGCUCCCGAGAGAUCAAAGAUUUUAAAGAGUUGUAUCUCUCCAUUGCAGAUCAUUAUAUUGAAGCCCUUGCAUGCAAAGUACAGUGCGAGAGUAAUCUGACACCGAUUAUAGGAGGCUUUGUUGUUGAGAAAUUUGUGGCAACCAUGUACCAUUACUUACAGUUUGCUUAUUAUAAAUUGAAUGACAUGAAGAAUGCAGCUUCUUGUGCUGCUAGUUACCUUCUGUUUGACCAAAAAGAUGAAGUAAUGAAACAAAACAUGGUCUAUUAUCAAUACCAUAAAGACAAAUGGGGACUCAAGGAAGAAGAUUUUCAACCCAGAUCGGAUGCAGUUCGAUACCACAACAUAACUACACUCCAGUUGGAAAUGUACGAAUUUGCGAAGCAGCAUGUGAUGGAUGAUGAUGAGGGUGAAGUUGUGGAAUUCCUUGAUGAGCUGUUAGAAGUGGAGGAAAAGAAUGAAUCCUGAUGAGUGAAACCGUCAUGAAGUAUUUUAAAAAAACAAAGACCCAUCAUUGCUCCUUACUAUUGUUUUUGGUCACCUGUAGUUCCAGUUAGAUAUACCUCAAAGCUGCUCCUUUAAGCGCCAUCGUGUGUCACGAGAUCCACUCCUGAAAGAUCACUGCCAUGCUGCACUGACUCUUUCAUGAGCAUGGCUUUUCACUGUGCGUUUUCAGAAUUGGGGCAUAUGAGUUUUCCUCUUGAGCUUUCCUUCCUUAGGCAAACACAACGAAACAGACUAUUCAUAUUUUCUGGGCUAACACUAAGAUUCCUCGUUUCAAUGCUGUUCUACUCAGUUGUAGCUGUACAGCUGAAUUCUGAAGAACUUUUGUCAGAAUAUGAACUGAGUAAGAUAUAACAGUUCCUCUAGACUUUCUGAGCUAUGUAAUUGUAUUAUUUAUAUAUGACUUUUUUCUAUGAUAAAGUGAUAAAGCGUAACAAGUAAGAACAUUUAUAUAGCUGAAAGAAGAUGUUUAACAAAGCACAACUAGUGAUCUUCUAAAAAUUCCUCUGAGUAUUCUGUAAGCAGUUUUGAUCUUUCUUAAAAACUAAAUAAAAUUCCAUGAUGUGAAACUGAGGUCACUUAGAAAUGAUGCAAUAAAUGAAUCCUUCUCCCUCCUA